AUGCGGCGUGCCAAGACACCGAUUAUUCCUGAUCUUCCUCUGAGGGGCUACCUUGACGUGGAACCACUUUUGACUACUUCUCAGGUUCAAAUAACUCAUUCAAACAGCUUUAAUACAGUUUCUUCAUGCUGUCACCCCAGCCAGGAGCCACUUCCUUGCAUGGAUUUAGGCUUAUCUUCUUCGCAUCUGUCUUCCACUAGAUCAAAGCUUCUUUCAAAAACUGACUUCACAUAUUUUCCUAUAAUAGAAUCUUCUGAGGGAACUAAUGUGGCAAAUUUCGCCCCCCUCAUUUAUCAAGCUAGUGAGCAUCACAACUUUGCUGUCAGUCAGGUAAGUCCUAAUUGUGCUGGUGUACGUCUUAAUUUAUAA